AACGGAAGAGAGGAAGCGAGUCCAUCCGCGUGUCUGAUCACGUCCAUGGCAUCGGCGGCGGAUCCAGCCUAUUUGUAGCCACUUCCACCGCCUUCCUCUUCAUUCUCGCCUCUUCUUCCUUCUUUCCUUCUCCUCUCGCCCUCGCCUACUCCGCUGCCCUCGCACCUCGGUGGUCUUCGUCGCUUCCUCGUUUACGUCUCGCCUUGUGGAGACUAGGGUAGAUUUAGCAGAUUGGCGCAGAUGCACAAGCGUAAAGUUGACCUGUUCUUAUGGCUGGCGGAAUCGCAUUAAGAUCUUCUCUUUUUGGAUCCUGUCUUCCAAAGCCUUCCAGGAGGAGGAAGAAAAAACCAUGAUAUCGGCGGGUUACUUUCCAAUUGCUUUUCCUAUUUCUUACACAAUUACUGCUUUUGGAUCUUCCUGCUUGCGUAGGUUGGAGGCUUCUUUCAGUCGGCUCUCCGAUUCUUCAUUAAUUUCAGCCCUCGGAUCAUCCGCCGCAACAGAACAAUUUGUUUUGUGGUUUAGAACUCCUCACUUGUUAUAUAUAUUUCAAGGAUUUGUUGAACACCAUUAAAUUCAGUAUUUAAUUGCAGUUGUUUGGCAUAGCACCGUUUUUUUAUUCUUUCUAUCGAUUCAUUGGAUCUCUGUUUCUCAAAUUUCCCUGUCAUUUUCCCUUGAAACAAAAAAGAUUAACAUAUCCAAACUGCUUGCUAAUGAUGUAUUUGUCGGGAUAUUGCAUCAACAAGAAUAGUUUUGCUCCUGUAAAUUUGGAAAUCUUACUCUCUUUUUUUAUCUGUCUCGUUAGGCUCUGGAACCAGACAAAGAUUAAGGAGGCCUCUCAGCCAACACUGUUGUUCUUUAAAUCACUCUGGAAGUCACUGGGAUACCAUUCCCUCGCACCUUGCAAAAGGUGUGGGCUCGGGAGGAUGCACUUUUCCCUGUCUCUAUUCCAAUUUUCACUCUCCUGCUUGUCUGGCUACUCUGUCGUAUAAUUGAAGGGUCUCCAAUUGAUAAUGGCUAACCCGUGAAUCAGUUCCGUAGAAAUAGAUCAUCUCCUAAUCUUCCUUUUACUUUCAUAGAGUUUGAUAGGUGUUCUUCAGAAUCAUAGGGAAACAAUAGUUGUCAAGUGCUCUGGUAUCUUUUGUGUUUACAGCUAGAAAAUGGCAUUGAUCGGUUGCUUUUCCUCACUUUGGGUUGGAAAGAAGAAGUCCAAGAGACUGCGGAAUGAAAUCCAUUCGAAGGAGGAGAAUAUAAUGGAAGCUUUGCCUAUUAAGUCAGAAGCUCUCGCCUAUGUGGCUAUCCAGAAAGCAAGUAAUAAUGCAUCUUUCAAAUACUCUGAACCAAUACAAACUAAUGCAAGCAUAAGAGGUUCCACCGAACUUAAACUAGUAGGGGGUGAAAAGAAUGAUGAGAACUCUAUCCAAAUAGAUGUGGCAGCUGAAGCAGCUUAUGAGGGAGGUGAUGAACAUGAUGAGAUCAUGUCAUUCAAAAGGGAUCUAUCUGACCUCGAUUUGCAGGCCCUGGCAGAAAAAGAUGAAACCAGUUCCUAUGGUUUGAACCAAAAAAUGACCAAUGGACCUGAUGACAAAUCUGAGAAAGAUGAGGGCAUAACACCUGAAUUAGUGAUCCAGAGUGGGCAUGUGAGUGAUCCUGGGAUGGGCCGCACGACUGCGUUUUGGGGCUCUCCUAUGUUGAAACGCUCAUGCUCUAAUAUUGAGACAAAGAGAUCUAGUAAAUUGCUUAUGUCCCCAACCAAGUCCCAUUCAUAUGACGACCUCAAAAACUUAGCUGGAGAUUUCCCUGGAGAACCACCCAAAUGGAUCCCAGGUAGCCCUGCAUCGGUAAUGACUUCUUGCAGUGCUGAUAAAGUGAUGCUAAAGAAGAGAUCUUCAAGCCAGGUUCUUCCUUCGCGAAGUAGGAAACUUUGGUGGAAGCUUUUCUUAUGGAGCCACAGAAAUCUUCAUCGGAGCUGGUCAAUGAAACCUCAUCGGUAUGCUUCCAUCAAUUAUACAUCCAACCAGAAGGAUGGUUACUGCUCUGAUACAGUAGAACCCAAUCGUGGUACUGAUUGGAAGAACAAGAAGAUUAUGGCAGAGUCUGAGGCUAAAUUUAGUAAUGAUAUAUGGCCUCCAAACCAGUGGGUUGCUUUUUCAACAGAAUCUUCCUCUUUAGAUAGAGUGGAUGCUUGGGUGCAUAGUCUUGAUGACAGCCCAUUAUGCCCAAUUGACGAUGGUGACAAUGGAGAUGAAAUUGCACUCGAGUCUGCUACACCCCCAAGUUUUCUAGAGAUUGGGGAAUCAUCCAGUAAAAACAACCAUCGAACUGGUCGGCGUGCAAUGGAUGAGGUCUUGCAGGCCAACAACAUUAUACAAUCCCUUCCUCCCUUUUCUUCAGUUGCUCACAUUGCCGGCAUGGGCUUAAAGGUGGUACCCGCAAUUUCAGCUUUCAGUAGCCUCCGGUCAGUCAAUCUAUCUAGCAACUUCAUAGUUCACAUUUCGCCAGGAUCUCUACCCAAGAGUCUUCACAUGCUUGACUUGUCAAGGAACAAGAUUACAACAAUUGAAGGACUUAGGGAACUGACAAGGCUUCGAGUUCUUAAUCUCAGCUACAACAGAAUUUCACGAAUUGGUCAUGGGCUGUCGAAUUGCACCGUGAUCAAGGAGCUGUAUCUUGCUGGAAACAAGAUAAGCGGCGUGGAGGGACUUCACCGGCUUCUGAAACUCACAGUUCUGGACCUUAGCUUUAACAAGAUAACAACCGCAAAGGCUUUGGGCCAGCUUGUCGCCAACUACCAUUCUCUAGUGGCCCUCAAUCUGCUCGGUAACCCAAUUCAAAGCAACAUCGGAGACGACCAGAUUCGCAAGGCGGUCUGUGGCCUCCUUCCGCAUCUCGCUUAUCUGAACAAGCAGCCAAUCAAACCACUGAGGGCUAGGGAGGCAGCCACAGAUAGCAUUGCAAGGGCAGCACUGGGAAAUAACAAUUGGGGUUCCCGUCGGAGGUCAGCUAGGCGAGUAGGCCAUGGUUCAAGCCCUUUGAUCAAGGGCGUCGGCGAGGGGAGGAGCUUCAGAGGCAUUGCAAACCCACCAAGGAGUAACAGAAAUAGAUCAAAGAGCAGAGACCAAUACUCCACAUCUGCUCGGAAAUAAGAUCGCAAAAAGCUUCACAUUCUCGUAGUUAUGCUGUUUGGAAUAAACUGGAGAAGAUUGAACAAGUUGGAUCUGAAUCGAUAAAACAUGGUAAAACAUGUUUGCUUUAGCUUUAUCUAAAUCUGUGUUUCUAGUGAAUAAUGGAAGACAAUCUGUUUUGUGUUCAUGUUAAUUUGCAUGCUGAAGAUUUCGAUGUCA